AAUCAAUGAUUGUGAAUUUGUAAAACUCUUCAAUGCCUUCAUGUCUUCCUCAUGGACCAGUUGCUCUCAACCAUGGUUGUGGUGCAAAUCAUGAUAUCCCUCUUGCUACAGUUACUAGACCCGCUAAGAAUGUUCAAUUAAUCUUAGGCAUUGCAGAGGAAAGAUAUGGAGAUUGGCCAUGGAAGUUGAAUUUAACCAGCAGUAGGAGGUAUAUCAAGGAGAUUGAAUUGACACAUGUAGACUUUUACAAUUUUCACUCAUGUUUUCUUUGGGACAUACAGCAUAGGAAGUGAAGCGAAAUAGAGGCUUUAGCAAGAGAUUGGCCACCAUUUGCCCCAGUUGUUUAUAAUGAUAUACUGAUUUAUCUAGAAAAGUUGAUGUACAUUGCCUUUUCAUCAUUCUUAGCCUUGCCCGAUUCUGCUCUUCUUCUCCUUUCUUCCCGCUGCAGCCAAAAAAAAAAGGGGAACCCAGCCAUGCUUUGAGAAACCGGUGAGAUAAGCUUGGUUUUCUCCUUCCUUUCUUGCUCUAGAACCCAAAUAGAACCCAGAAAUUUCC